AAACUGCAUGAACCCCUCACUUGCGUCUGUUUACAACGUUCGUCCAACGAGAGAAUACCUACUUCAUCUCAAUGCCUCCCUCUGAUAUCUUAUAACAAAAUAGAACAACAAGCCUGAGAGAAGUCGGCUCCAAAGCAUGACAAGGGCUGUCACGCCACCGCCAAAAUCCCCAACUGGGGACAUAAUACCCUCGUGUGCUUCAUUCCCUCCUAUCCCAACAGAAAUGGAUGUAGCCAUCCCUGAGAGUCACGACCUUACCAGAUACAAGUGCAUUGCUUGCGCCGAUAAGAAAAGAAAGUGUCAACGCACUAGAAAUGAGUACAGGUGCAAAGGCUGUACUGGAAGCCUUAUCACAAUCGUUCAGUGCCUGCCGAAUAUCUCAGUUAUUUUACCGUUCACAAAAUGGGAGGACAAAGAGUACGAACGAAGACUACUUGGGUUUGACUAUGUACAGGCAAACGCUGAUCACCCGGCUUCUUUGCGGCACUUUGAUUCGGGGCCAGAGUUACUAGUAUCUUGUCAGGUCUUCAAGUCUUCCAUCGCCAAUCAUACGCGGAUCCUCGUCAAGGAUGCAAGAGGAUGGCAUUUCCUUAAGACAACAUCCUAUUACAUUACUCAAAUGGGCAGCAUCCAGCAGUAUAUCCAAAAUUGCAUUCCGCAAGCGAUCGAGGAGGUCCUCCGCAGCAACACUCCUCUAAAGCCCUUCUUCGCAGCUGCAAAACGUCUUCGAGCGCAUUACAUGAUCGCAGCUUGUUUAGAACUAUACACCGCAUUUCGACUCAUGCGACUGCGGCUAAAGUUUUCCGGCUCAGAGCAUCUGGGCAUGUUUGAAGUAUUGGAUUCGGAAUCACCAUGGUGCAACUCGAUACCAGUCCCUCGCAUGGUCCAGAGCCAAGUCAUUCACAUACUUGAGAAGUAUGUGAAGGACAUGGACUCUUAUAUACAGUUCAACAAACCAAGGAAAUCAGUGCGGGAAGAAGACUUGCCUGUCACUAUCCUGAUUUACUUCUUCUUAUUACAUGUGCGAGAGGUGGAUGCAGGACGCAACAUCUAUUGGAAUCGCUUUGAAGAUCCUGAUGGAUUCUGGCAACAUCCCUGGCAGCCUUGGAAAGUACUUGAUCAAACAACACUUUCUUGUAAGCAAUUGUUGUCUGAGUUUUAUCAUUAUGUUGGACACCCAUUCGAGAAAUGCUGGUCUGUCUCUACGAACCAGCAGCAAAGCCAAGAAUGGAUGGAUGUAAUGGAUGAGUUGAGCACAGCUGUCCGGACAUUACAAAACACUGGGGUUAUGGGUCGCUCGGUGGCGUCCGCGUACCAACCAGGACAGCCAGAAUCUAUAGCAUUGACUAUCAGCUCGAGGCUGUUCUUGCCCAUCCGAGAUAGCUUGACAUUUCAUAUCGUCUAAGGGUAAUUAUCUAGACGCCACUGUCUCCAGUACCUACGGGAAUUUUGGUCCGAGUAACUUAGUUAAGCACACAAUGGAAAGCUCUAGUGUCAGUCUCAGUGUCAACGCACCCUACGUCUCACGCUCGUCAGCCUAAACCUUUUCUCUGUCUUCAUCUUUGUUCUAGCCUAUGUAAUCCCCCGAUAUUGCACAAGAUGGCUCAGUCUUGACUGUGAGGGAUGAGGUUCCGG